AUGGCCAGUCACGAUCGUCCUCGGGUCACAGCGGAGCGAACCGACAAAGACUUACAACGCGAGAAGCGCAAGAUUGACGAAUACCGAUCUCUAGUCGAAAGGAUAGAAACCCGGGUUGCCGAAGGCGGUAGCGAAGCCGACGUUCUUGACCUCACCUCGGACCUUCUCUCGCGCAACCCCGAAUACUACACGGUAUGGAACCAUCGACGUCGUCUCCUUCUCAGAUAUCUCGAAGGUGGAGAUACUUCGAACGAUGCCUCGGUCGACCCGAAUAACAAGCAAGCGUCACCACAAGAUUAUUUGCUGGACGACUUGCGCUUCCUGAUCCCGCUUCUUCAGCAAUUUCCCAAGUGCUAUUGGGUAUGGAACUAUCGCCUCUGGAUUCUGGAGCAAAUUGAGAGGUACCUUCCUCGGCAACAAGCAGACAGCUGCUGGCAAAGGGAGCUUGAUCUUGUGGCGAAGAUGCUAGCAAGAGAUGAAAGGAAUUUCCAUGGCUGGGCAUAUCGUCGUAUCAUAGUCGAUCAACUCGAAAGACUUGCACAAGAAGCUGUUCAUGGAGAAGAGGGUGCUGGACAAGGAAGUCGCUCUCAAGAGGAGUUCGAUUACACGACGAAAAUGAUCCAUUCCAAAUUAUCGAACUUCUCGGCGUGGCAUUACCGAAGUAAACUCAUUCCUCGGAUCCUUGAUGAACAAGAAGCGGACGAUACAGCCAGACGGAAGGUUCUAGACGAUGAGCUGGACCUAAUCCAAAAUGCCUUGAUCGAUCCCAACGACCAGUCCUUAUGGUUCUACCAUCAGAGUCUUAUGUAUACCAUCGCUCCAGAUUGUCCGCGAGACUCGGCCAUUGUCCUCACGCUCACCAACACUGAUCGAGUACACUACUACGAGCAAGAAAUCUCUCGAAUCCGUGAGAUCCUGGAAGACUGGGACGAUUGCAAAUGGGUAUACCAAGCACUGCUCAAGUAUGCGGCAGAGUAUCAGACACUCGAUGCAGGAUCCAAGGUGUAUAGCAAUACGGACAUGAGAACCUGGCUUUCCAAACUACGUCAAUUAGAUCCCCUCCGAUCGGGUAGGUGGGAUGAUCUAGAAAAACACCUCGAUCUAUCAACAUAG